GGAGGAGGCAGGAGGCGAUGAUAGGGACUAGUUAUUGUAACUUGACACGACUGGCCAGAGGACGCUCAGAUCAUGCGAGGGGGCCAGGCGACGCGGACCUCACCGACUCACCAGCCGCAGGAGACCCGUCCCAGAGGCGCACCGCCGCGGAGAGGUCGCGGAGACACGUUGGGCUGUUCAGGAGCGAGUCUCGGCUCCGCUAGUCCCAGUCCACCCGCCCUGCAGCGGGGCCAUUGUGUGAAGAAUAACGGUCCUGCCGCCGGGAAUCCUCUUUGGCUAUGAAGAAAAACAACUCCAACAAACGGGGGCAGCAGGACUCCAGCCAGAACCACGCACAGCCGGAGAAAGUGGGAUGGAUCCGCAAGUUCUGUGGCCGAGGGAUCUUCAGGGAGAUCUGGAAGAACCGGUUUGUGAUCCUCAGAGCGGACCAGCUGUUCAUCUCAGAGAAAGAGGUGCGUGACGACCGUAAGGCCCAGGAGGUGGUGGAUCUGUCGGACUACGAGCGCUCCGAGGAACUCCGCAAGUCCAAGAGCCGGAGCAAGAAGAACCACAGCAAGUUCACCCUGCUGCGCUGCAAGAGCCCGGGCAACACGGUUCCUAACCUGGUGUUCCUCGCUGUCAGUCCAGAGGAGAAAGAGUCUUGGAUCAGCGCCAUCAAUGGAGCCAUCACCAGAGCCAAGAACAGCAUCCUGGAUGAGGUGACGGUGGAGGAUGACAGCCAGCUGUCCCACCUGACCCGGGACCGCGCCCGGAUCCCCCAGCCCCGUCGCCUCCCCACCCGGGGCCACCUCAUGUCCGUGGCCUCCACCUCCGACGGCAUGCUGACCCUUGACCUGGUCCAGGAGGAGGAGGACCCCCCCGGACCCCGGACCCCCCGGGACCCGGGCGACCCCCCCCGCUCCAAGACCGACGGCACCCUCUCCCUCCGGCCCGCCGCCGCCACCGCCGCCGAGGCUUCUGGGAAGUCCCAGAGCCUCCCCCGGGAGACGGGGGGCGGGGCCUACGAGGCGGGGGAGGGGCCGCGCUCCAAGAGGAACGCCGCCGCCAACGGCGUCCGCACGCCGCAGCCCGGCCGCUCGCCGCGCGGCUCGGGGAAGGAGCGCUGCGCCUCCAUGGAGCAGAUCCUAGGCCCCGCCCCCCGGACUCCCGCCGCCGCCGCCGCCGACGUGCCCGUGAGCAAACUGCACGAGCUCAUCUGCCGCAAGCUGGAGCGGACGCAGGAGCUGCUGCUGCAGGCGCGGGGGGGCGGGGCCAGGGAGGGGGGCGGGGCCAGGGAGGGGGGAGGAGGGGAGGCGAAGGGGAAGGAGGCGCGGGCGGAGGCGGAGCAGCUGCUGAGCGAGGCCGCCUCCACCUGGGGCCAGGCCAAGGAGGUGCUGGAGGAGGUGCUGGAGCUCAGGGCCUUGUGCCGGCAGCUGGACUCCCCCAAGAGCCUCCCCCCCUCCCCCCUGGCCGCCUCCCCCCUGGCCGCGUCUCCCCUGGCCGCCUCCCCCCUCCCCGCGACGGACAGCGCCAAGAGGGCGUCUCACAGGAAGAGCAUGAUGUGAUGGCGGGCUUAACUCAGGGGGGGGGGGGGGGGGGGUGGAGGCCGACAUGCUGAGACUUGAACCGGCUCGUUGGGCGGCCAUCAUGGGAACAUUGCUGAAGCGAGGCGUUGCUAAACGGUACGGAGCCGACGGGAGCUCACCUUCAGAGCAGGACUGAACCCACGAGGAGCUCAGAAGGCCUCGGACUGUAGACGGUACGGGACCACGCUAGAGGAGCCGUGAAGGAGACGCUUUGGCCCCGGAGGAGACGUGUCUCUCCGAGGGCUAGCCUAGCAUCGGCGCUCCCAUCGGGGCUAGCUAGCAGCACUCUACCCUAGCGAAGGAGCGAUCCUUCUCCCACCUUCUAGAAACUAGUAGACACAGAGCAGGGAUGGAAGGGACUAGGGCUUGACAAAAGACACAAAGUUCUUUCAUAUUUUAAACUAUUGGGAUUAAAGCCAAUAGUUUCAAUCUUCGAAAGCGAAUUUAUGGAUUCCGAAUUUUGUUUUACCACGCUGGCUCACAUAAACGUGUUUUAAUUAUGAUUUAAUUCAGUUUUUGCGGUACCAUCACCGCAGUCUUCCAUUGGCAGUUUGCCCUUCUAGCAUUGGUGCUGAUCGGGUUUCGCUGACCCUAUUGGCCGUCGUGGGAACCAAUCAGACGUGUGGGGCGGGGCUAAAGGGUCUGUGGGCGCCAGCAGUGUACACACAACCCCCCUAAGCCCCGCCUUACUCUCUCUCCCAACCAAUGACACCAAUGCCGUCGCAAACGCUGCCCCUUCAUUGGCUCCCAGACACAGGAAACUAACAGGGUAAAAUAAGGACAGCUGUGCUUUUAAAGUUUUACAUUUAGUUUUGAUCUCAUUUGAAUAUGCAAAAUCCCUUAGCAAACACAAGUGGCUCGCCGAUCCGGGAGAAGUUAUUGUUUAUAUUUGUAUGACCCUCCCGUACCCUGAACACACAGUGUCACGUGAUACGUCCGUCGGGGAUUCUGGGUAAUAUGCAAAUCGCAAGGAGCAGCGAGUAGCGGUAGCGGAGAAUCUUUGUUCUCGGGGCUUUGGGGUCACGUUACCAAAAAACACGGCUUAGGAACACUUCUGGGGCGGAUGUGUCGGGAUAUAGCUCUUCCUAAAGCUGCUCUAAGCAGCUUCUGUAAUCCGCUCCAGAUUUGGGACAGCAUCAAGAGUCUCCGGAGCGAAACAUCUGGACUCUGUGUGGCGCGGACCCACUGAGGGCUCGAGGUCGUCGCGGGGACGCCGGGAUAGGUUCGGUUCAUAACGUUGUCGGUUCUAAUGUGUUGUCGGUGUUAGUCGAGUUCGGUGAUUGGGCCCCCCCCCCCCCCCCACCGACAGUCAGAGUGUGAUGUUGGAGCAGGAAGAGAAGAGGUGCACUCUGGGAACGCGGGACGUCUGUUGCUGGUUAGGGAGCCUGGGGAGACAUCAGGCCUUCAGAGGAUUUUAAAUCUGUCUCCACACGCCCUGUUGGCAGACGUCGGAACUGAUAUCAGAUACGAGCAGCUCAUUAAGUAUGGAUGCCCAUCCUGGAAUGAUAUCAGUACAGUGAUACGGCGAAUGCUAUGAAGGCAGCGUUCUGGAACGGUUCAAAAGAAACCAGUGCUGUGUGGGAAGUUCCCGGCUAACGACUAAAUAUCGUCUGUUGAGGGUUCGCCAACAUAAGCGUUGAUCACGCCUUUACCAUCUGUUAGCUCUACAUCAUCUGAAGCACACAAAGCCCUCCAUCUUUGUUUGUUUCGCCUCUGAACAAGGAACAAGGUUGUUGUUUUAGCGCUGCGAAACUAUUUUAGUGCUGUUCAACGUGUACAAACUUUUAGUUUAACGCUUAAGGGAGACGUCCCACAGCUCAAAGCGAGACUGAACGGUACACAGUCGGCCAUUUUGGAGACAACUCAGUCAAGCUCUGUGGCUCCGCCCACAAACCCCAACCAGACAAUCUGAAGGGAGGAGUCCUACGAUAGGUACGAUCUGAUUGGCUGGAGGUGACCUGCUGCUGCCUCCUGAUAGGCAGGCAGAGAGACGAAGGGUCAGUGGACACGAGGGGUCAUCUCAGCUUAGCUUAGUGUAGCUGCUAGCUCCGCCCAGGGCGACCUUUGACCUCCUGACAGCAAUCGACCUCUUUGCACUGAAACCAUCUCUGGACUCUCUCUCCACUAGAGACAACCGCCUGUGCAAUUAGAACAAUCAACAGGGUCUGGAAGUAACACCUGACACCCCAGGUGACCUCAGACACGGCUCACCUGUCCUCCCAUCAGGACAGGUGAGCUCCAGUGUAACAAGUGUGACCCAAAGCAAAUGCUAUUGGCCAUGUUCCCUCUCUCUUUCUCUCACCUCUCUCUCUCUCUCUCUCUCUCUCUCUCUCUCUCUCUCUCUCUCUCUCUCUCA